AUGAGUUUACUAGUAAAACUGGUUCAUUCGGAGAGGGCACACGCACACAGCAAACCAGGAAAGAGCCUUCCGAAAACACUCAGUGGGUUCGAAUAUUCCUUCUGGGACUAUUAUUGGAUUGCAUUCAUAAAAUAGUUAACUGUUGCAAUCUACAGCAAAACGGACAACACCAACACAAAGUUUACGUUAAACUUUGUCGCUGUCUGUGAAUUUAUAUAAAGGGAGAACUGAACCGACGAAGCUACUUUCAGUUUCGUUUCCUGUCGAAUUGAGGUUCUCGGUGUGAAAUGCAGAGAAGGAUAUUCAGUGGUUACACCAAUCGAGAGCAGGCGAUCACGUCUGCAAAUGAUGGCAAACAAGGAACUGGAGGAUCUGAGGAAGUGGAAGGAAGCUAACAGGCUUGGUCCAAUCAACUUAACUCCCAUGCAAUUAGGUGGAAGCACUUCUGAAGCUGAGGCACGUCAACGACAGCAGUUACAUCUCCGAGAGUCCAGGUUCCAAAAAAGAUCUCAGAAAGAAGACUAUAAUAGGAAACGGAAAGAAGCCGAAGAGCUCGAAUAUCAGAAGAAGAAGGAGAUUCAGCGAGAAAAAGCCAAUAAGCUCUUGGAAAAGCAGAGGCAACAGGAGGCCCAGAGAAAAGCACAGCUCCAAGCAGAACACCAGCAAGCAAACCAGCAAUUCCUUCAGAGGAUUGAGGCCAACACAUCAUACAGGCACUCGUCCCUGCCUCCCAACAGCACAGUUCCAACUACAGCUUGGAGCAAGAGCCGCAGUUACCGAGAGACUCAGAGGGAGGCCGAGCUUCAGCGACUGCAGGAACACAAAGACGAACAGAGGAGAAAGAGUGAACUUGCAGCAGAAGAGGCAUCUCGACUCGAAUCUGAAAGACAGCAGCAUCUUCAGGAAGAACACAGAAAGAAAAACCAAGCUUUCUUGGACAACCUGGAAAGAAGCCGAAAAUCUAUGGAAAAUUUGAGCAGCUCACCCGCACCUUUGUCCGAUGAGAAGAGCUUUGAAUCCCAAGCCAUGCAAUGUGUCCCUUCAGUGAGCCUGCUUGCAGGUCUGAGAGAGACACAUCAAGACAACUCCGACACUGCAAUGGAAAACGCAGCCUACAGAGACUCUCCUGAAGAUACCGUUUUUGACUGGAAUUUGAUGAAACUCCAGAACUGUUUCCCUGAUUAUGAACCAUCCGUUCUUGAAGAUCUCCUGCUACAGUGUGACAGUGACUAUGAGAAAGUGAUCCAGCUUCUACAAUGAACCAACUGGAGAGAAGAACUUGGCUGGUGGUCCAAAUUCUGUGGCCUCCAACACGAUCUCUCUGCUAGAUUCCACUUCACUCAUCCUUCAAUUUCACUUUGAUUGAAGACGAUGAUUCUCUUCACUUAGGAAAUGGCUACUUAUGUUCCAUUUUUCCACCUUCAUCAAAGAACUCUAACAAAUUUGUGAGGCAUGAUCUCCCAUGCAUAAAGACUAAUCCUAAUCAAACUCUGGGUUUCCAAAUACAUGUGUAUCUAAUCUCUCAUUUAUGCUGAAAUACUGAUCUAAUCAGUGUGGCUUGAAAAAGCAACAACAUUUCAUCCUCAAUGGGUUCCAAGCCUGGCUUCCUCUAAAUUGUUUGCUGUCUACCCUCAUUGAAAGUGUAUUUCUAUAUUGCUUUCACAAUGGGCUGGGUAGUGUGAAUCCAUCAUACCAGACAACGUAAGCAGAGCAGGACAGACACCCUUGUGCAAUGUUUCAUGUGCAAACUCUGGACAAUACAUAUCAAAUAUUCUGCUAAUUGUACAGUUUGUUUUGCCGUAUCAAUUCAACUCUUCUCCCCAGUUGCAUUGGAACAUGUUAAAAUUGUUACUCAUUGAAGCUAUAAUUGUGGGUAAAAUUAUCAGUAAUGUUUUCAUUAGUUCAAACAGGAUUAACCUGUCACAACAGCAGAUCAUAAUCCUGUCCUAUUUACAAGCAAUGUACAUUUUAACAUAACCUGUUUAUUUUUUAAAAAGCCAACAAUGGUAAGGUAAACUCUGCAGAUAGAAUUCAGUGACAGCUGAAAGUCUUGGUGCGAAAAGCAUGGACUAUCACAUCUGAAGGGGGUCAGGGAAACCUCAGACAGACAAGGAAGAGAACCAAGACCAAAACUGAUUACCCUUUUCAGUUGGAGAGCCAUCUCCUGUAGAUUAAAUCCCAGACUGUAGAUAUUACAAGAAAGGCAUGUUUUUGUAUUGCACUCUCAGGAAUAUAAGAAAAAUAUUUUAAAAUUCACUGCACCCCCUAGCCUCUGUGUGUUAGUAUUUGUUAGCGUGAGCUACUGUACUUUGAAGAUUAUGGCUCUAGGACAACUAUUAGGCACCCCUGUUCUGCAGGUAGUGACAGAUUUCCAAGUACGAGAUUCCAAGCAAGCUGACAAUGUCACUGUCAUGAAGGGAACAAAACAAAAGCACAAAUGGCAGGGUAAAGAAUCAUUGGUAGUGAAGCAAUGUCUGCAUUACUCUCAUCAUCCAAAUGAAUGGUUGUGACAUUCUAUUAUUUACUCUUCACCGAAGCCAGAGAUUGAUUCAUAUAUUAUUUAAGCUCUAAGCUUUUUACCCCAUUCGCAUUUUUACCCUUUGUCAAUGUGUUUUGUGUUUUACCGUCUUUUCUAAUAACUAAUAAACUUGCUCCUUAAAUUAA